AUGAGUAUCGAAAUCGAUGGUAUUCUGAAGAAUCUUGGCACGAUUCCAGGAAUCAUCGGCUGGAUUGUCCUUAAAAUGAAUGGACUUCCAUAUAAAACAUCAUUUAGAGAAGCUGAAUCAGUUCAUUAUGCUGGCUUAGUUAGCGAGUUUGUGAAAAAAGCAAAAUCAUCUCUCGAAAACAGUUUGCUCCCAGGAACAAUCAGUCAAAUUCGUAUCAGAUCACAUAAAAACGAAAUAAUUAUUGUUCCUGAUGCUGACUUUAUUCUUGUAGCUGUUCAGGAGGCUGGUGUUACUGCCUAA